GUCUUGGAAGCAGAAGUGUGAGCCAGAAUGCAGCCACAGGAGCCCGGGGUCCAGGCCGGGUUUCUGUCCCCUAGAAGGAGGAGCUGGCUGUGAAGAAGCCCCGGGGGUACCACCCCCUCCUGGCUCCUGAGAGAAAGGGGCCACGGUGCUGCAGCUAUGGACCGUGAGCUGGCCCGGCCCGCGUCCUCACUGACCCUGCCCGCCAGCGGCUGCACCGCGCACCAUGGGCUCCUCGGCGUACAUCACGGUGGAGCUGGCCAUCGCCGUGCUGGCCAUCCUGGGCAACGUGCUGGUUUGCUGGGCCGUGUGGCUCAACAGCAACCUGCAGAACGUCACCAACUACUUCGUGGUGUCGCUGGCGGCGGCCGACAUUGCCGUGGGGGUCCUGGCCAUCCCCUUUGCCAUCACCAUCAGCACUGGCUUCUGUGCCGCCUGCCACGGCUGCCUCUUCAUCGCCUGCUUCGUGCUGGUGCUCACGCAGAGCUCCAUCUUCAGCCUCCUGGCCAUCGCCAUUGACCGCUACAUCGCCAUCCGCAUCCCUCUCCGGUACAACGGCUUGGUGACUGGCGGCAGGGCCAAAGGCAUCAUUGCCGUGUGCUGGGUGCUGUCAUUCGCCAUCGGCCUGACGCCCAUGCUGGGCUGGAACAAUUGCAGCCAGCCCACGCCAGCUGGCAACAGCACCCAGGAGUGCGGGCCGGGCCAGCUGGCCUGCCUCUUCGAGGACGUGGUGCCCAUGAACUACAUGGUCUACUACAACUUCUUCGCCUGCGUGCUGCUGCCGCUGCUGCUCAUGCUGGGCAUCUACUUGCGCAUCUUCCUGGCGGCCAGGAGGCAGCUGAAGCAGAUGGAGAGCCAGCCCCUGCCCGGGGAGCGGACCCGGUCCACGCUGCAGAAGGAGGUGCAUGCGGCCAAGUCUCUGGCCAUCAUCGUGGGGCUCUUUGCCCUCUGCUGGCUGCCCCUGCACGUUAUCAACUGCUUCACCUUCUUCUGCCCCCAGUGCGGCCAUGCCCCGCCUUGGCUCAUGUACCUGGCCAUUGUCCUCUCACACACCAACUCCGUGGUGAACCCCUUCAUCUACGCCUACCGCAUCCGUGAAUUCCGCCAGACCUUUCGCAAGAUCAUCCACAGCCACUUGCUGAGGCAGCAGGAGCCCUUCAAGGCUGGGGGUGCCAGUGCCAGCGCGAGGGCCCUGACAGCUCAUGCCCAAGGGGAAGGGGAGCAGAUCGGCCUCCGCCUCAACGGCCACCCCCCAGGCGUGUGGGCCAAUGGCAGUGGCCCCCAUUCUCAGCCCAUGACUAGGCCCAAUGGCUAUGCCCUGGGGCUGGUGAGUGGGUGUGGUGUGAGUGCACCCCACGGGGACUCAGGACUUCCCCACGUGCAACUCCUCAGCCAGGAACUGCAAGGAACCAGCCUGGAGGACCCCCAGAUCCAGGAUGGCGCCGGGGUGUCCUGAGGACUCGCCCAGGAAGGCGACCUUCCAACCAUUCUCUGGGUGGGCAAGCACCUGCCAGGUCAGCAGCCCACACUGAACUGCAGGAGAGGACCCCGCUGGAGCAGCAUGAGGUCCAGCGAGGCGGAUUUGGGGUGAUGCACCACCGGUAGCAUCUCGGCUGGGCAGGGCCCUGUUCCCCUUUCCAGAAACUUCAAGAACUGCCUCCUCACCUCUCACAGUUGAGGCAGUAGAAGCAGCCAGUCUGGCCCUCAGGUUGUGGGGUGCCUCUGGCAGGUUCCUGCACCCACCUCCACCUACCCAGACUCCCCUCUCUGGGACCCAGUUCAGCUCAGAGGGAGAGUCCAACCCCACUCCCAGAGGAAGAACCUAAGUAUAUGGAGUAACUUCUUAUUUUGUUAUUUUAUUGUUUUUCCCUGACUGCUGGAGAGUCAUGAGUACAGUUGCUCUCAGCUGUGCCCUGAGCCCCCAAAACCUCUUUCGUGCCCUUCCCAGCAUCCUCCACAACAAUGGGGACUGACAGUAAAGGCAGAUGUGGGCCCAGGAUGGGCCUCGAGCCAGCCAACAGGUUCCGGGUAGCCCAGGGCUGACCCAGCAGAGGCUGUCUAACUGCUUUCCUUCUGUCGGGAAUGUUGUUGUUGUUUUUCUGAGAUGAAAUAAAAAUGAGCCACAUUGUGUUUUAA